UUUGAAAAAUGAAAAGAUUAAUCUUAAUCCAUCUCAUUAAUCUCUUUUCCCCUUCACUCUGUAAUUGUAAUUAGGGCCUUAAAAAGUCUUCCUUUCCAUUUUCUCUCUCUUCUUCAAUCGGCGUUUCCAUUUCGCCGGUUGUUGCAGAGAAACGAAACGAAACGAAACGGUGUUGUUUCCAAUGGAGAUCGCCAAAACCGCAGAGGACGACGACGUCAUUACUCUCGCGCAGUUGUCCAAGUCGCCGCCGAAGAAGGCUCGGCCGAUCAAGCCUUCUUCUUCUACUUCCUCACCGGUCUUCUUCUCUCUCUCUGUCUCUAUAUAUGCGAAAACGAAGAAUUCGAAGGAGAGAGAGAAAAGUAUUUCCACUACUAGUGUCAAGAAACGGAAUUCCGAUGUCCAAAUUAAGUUUGUUGUAUCUGGCCGUUCAGGAAGUCCGAUGAGUUGUAAACCAAGUAUGGUUGCAACUGAUGGCUCGUGUUCAUCUGGUCAAGCCAAGUCAUCUGCGGUGAUUCGAGCACAGGAGGUUCGAUCAAAUCUAGAACCUGAAUUUCCUAGUUUUGUUAAGUCUCUGGUCAGAUCACAUGUAGCUAGCUGCUUCUGGAUGGGGCUUCCUGGGCUGUUCUGCAAGUCACAUUUACCGGAUAAAGAUACCACGGUCACUUUGGAAGAUGAGAAUGGAAAACAAUAUGGGAUAAAAUACAUUGCAUAUAAGACAGGGUUGAGUGCUGGUUGGAGACAGUUCGCUGUUGCACACAAAUUACUUGAGGGAGAUGUUUUGGUCUUCCAAUUAGUUGAACCUACCAAAUUUAAGGUUUAUAUUAUAAGAGCAAAUGACUUAACUGAAGUGGAUGGAGCUCUUGGCCUCUUAAAUUUGGAUUCUUACACGAAACAUAAUGAUUCUGAUAAAGAUAACGCCCAAACGGAGGCGGUUGCAAGUUCUAAUAGUAGGAAGAAACGUCCAAAGUCUCUUCCUUUAUCAGUUGUUCAGAAGAAGAAAAGGAAGCCUGGUUUGCCAAGAUCAGUUCCUAAGCCAGCCGAACAAUCUGAAAACAAUAGCGAGGAGGGUGCUUCAGAAGUUUUGGAAGGUUCUAAGUCAUCAGGAGCGGCAAUCCAAUUCCAGGACGUCAAAACUUUUGAGAAUUUUAGCAUUCAAGUAGAUGGAUUGCUCUUAGAUUCUGAGGUCCCUGAGGAUAUAAGGAAAACAUACUAUAAGCUCUGUUGCAGUCAGAAUGCUUUCCUUCAUGACGAUGUUAUCAAGGGGAUGAACAAGAAGUUGAUUGUUGGGACUAUCACUGAGACUGUACAUAUCGCCAAUGCGAUAAAAGUUUGCACUCUUACCACCUCUCGUGAUGAUUUUUCAGCUUGGGAUAAGUCUCUAAAAGCCUUUGAGCUUUUGGGCAUGAAUGUCGGGUUUUUACGUGCUCGGCUGUCUCAGCUAGCUGGCCUUGCAUACAAAUCUGAAGUCUCCAUAGACACAAGGAGAUACGUUGAAUCUAGAGCAGAACGAGCUCGAGCUGAAACCGGAAUGAAAGAUAUCGAGACAAAGCUUGCGGAAUUGAAAGAUGCAUUUGAUAAAUUUGAUGCUACUGUUCAGUGUCUCGGCUCCCAAGCCGAAAGCUAUGAGCACAAGUUCCAGCAAGAGGUUAUUGCUGAUCUCUGGUGAUAUUGUUCUUUUCCAUUUACCAAAUAUGCGCAUACUUCCUUGCUGGUAAUGCCUGCUCUAAUGUAUUAUUUUCUCACUUCGUAUAUACACAUAUAUAUAUUAUAUGUAUGUAUAUGUAUAUGUAUAUGUAUAUGUAGAUGUAUCUGUAUAAAACAAGAAGACUACUUUUGCUUUUUGCAAACAAUGUUACUUAAUUUUGGAAUCGACUUGGGGAGUGGUAACUUUUCCUGGCCUUGA